AAAAAUCAAGAAAAUGCAAAAUCCUCCACUCUCCCCCCUCCACCUUCUUCCAUGGCCGAAUAAUUCCCCCAAAUAUUCUCUUUCUCUCUCUCUUCUUUCUCUCUCUUCAUCAAGUCGUCAUGACUUCUUCUUCUUCUUCUUACAGCAGUCUCUCUUCCACUAAAAACACAUUCUUGCAGUUUCGUCCUUCUCAAAUCUAUCUCCCCAAUUACAGGCCCUCCGUUGAGUUUGAACCCCAUUGUCUCAGGAGGGACUUUCUCUCUCUAAAACCCCAGCUACAGUCAAUCACCAAACCAAUAUCUCUUUCACUUCUCACACUAAGCAGCAAUGGCUUCUCCCGCCCUUUCGCCGCCGUUUCCUCCUUCGCCGAAGGCGACGGCGACGGCGACUCCGCACCACCCAAAGAAGAAAGCGCCGCCGACGGAGAAGAACUGCGCGGCAUGGCGCAGGCGUUCCACAUUUCCUCCGGCACCGCCUCCGCCAUAUCGGUCUGCAUAGCGGUGGCGGCGCUGGUCGUGCCGCUGUUCAUGACCUCCCUAGGGCAGGGUCUGCCGUUCAAGACUCGAGCUUUGUCGUACGCAACCCUUCUGUUCGGGUUCUACAUGGCAUGGAAUAUCGGGGCCAACGACGUGGCGAACGCGAUGGGGACGUCGGUGGGCUCCGGCGCCCUGUCUCUCCGGCAGGCUGUGCUGACGGCGGCGGUUCUGGAGUUCUCCGGCGCGCUGCUGAUGGGGACGCACGUGACUAGUACAAUGCAGAAGGGGAUACUUGUGGCUGAUGUUUUCAGAGGGAAAGAUACUCUGCUUUUUGCUGGGCUGCUCUCUUCUUUGGCUGCUGCUGGUACUUGGCUACAGGUAGCAUCGUACUACGGUUGGCCAGUAUCGACCACACAUUGCAUCGUAGGAUCAAUGGUCGGAUUCGGCCUCGUUUACGGAGGAACCGGAGCCGUCUUUUGGAGUUCACUCGCAAGGGUAACUUCUUCGUGGGUCGUCUCUCCUUUAGUCGGAGCACUCGCAUCUUUCCUCGUCUACAAAUGCAUUCGCAGGUUUGUCUACAGUGCCCCGAAUCCCGGCCAAGCAGCCGCCGCAGCAGCACCGAUAGCAGUUUUUCUCGGAGUCACCGGAAUUUCAUUCGCUGCAUUCCCACUCAGCAAAACCCUCCCAAUCGCCGUCGCCCAAGCUCUAUCCGCCGGGACAGCUGGCGCAUUCCUAGUGGAUAGAACCAUCCGGAAACAAUUAGGCCACCUCCUGGCUAACUCAGCCGAAGAAGAAGCCGACUCAGCGGGGGCGAAAUCGGAAAGCAAAAAUAUAGGAUUCCUAUCCGACAUAGCGGGGCCCACAGGCACAAACCUAGAAAUAGUGUACGGAGUUUUCGGCUACAUGCAGAUCUUAUCCGCCUGCUUCAUGUCCUUCGCGCAUGGCGGAAACGACGUCUCGAACGCGAUCGGCCCUUUGGCGGCGGCGCUCUCGAUUUUGCAAGGGGGAAUGACGGGGGGAGAAAUCGUGAUCCCGAACGACGUGCUGGCGUGGGGAGGGUUCGGGAUCGUGGCGGGGCUGAUGAUGUGGGGGUACCGGGUGAUUGCCACGAUCGGGAAGAAAAUAACGGAGUUGACACCGACGAGGGGUUUCGCGGCGGAGUUCGCGGCGGCGUCGGUGGUGCUGGGGGCGUCGAAGCUGGGGCUGCCGAUAUCGGCGACGCACACGCUGGUGGGGGCGGUGAUGGGGGUAGGGUUUGCGAGGGGGCUGAAUAGUGUGAGGGCGGAGACCGUUAGGGAGAUUGUGACCUCGUGGGCGGUUACCAUACCUGCCGGUGCCACGUUUGCAGUUAUUUACACGUGGAUUUUGACCAAGGUCUUAUCCUAUGUACUGUGAGUGUGUGUGUACAUUGCAUGGUGAAUUUUCUUUUUUCUUUUCUUUUUUUAUAAAAGAUUGAGAAGCUGCAGCAGUAAAUUUUUUCGGUUCAACUGAUUUAACUGACGUUGAAUCACGAUCGGAAACACGUGUCAGAACUUUUUCUUGUAUUAAUCUUUUUUUCUUCUGUC